CACCACGACCCCGGCGUCCCGCUGUACCUGAAUGAAGAUGUGUUUGGAGACGUCCCGACCUGUUUCGUGAAGUUUUUCGACGCCGGCAACCUGCAUGCCUGAGGCCACGGUGAGUGCUGCUGCGGGGCCCGCUGACAACCUGUCCACCCUUCGCCGCACCCACACCCAGGGAGUUGCAACGGCGAAGUCGUUGGCGUGCCAAUUGGGCGUCUACACGACGGCAGGCGGGCAUGCGGCUCAGCAGCGAGGCGUUCUGGGCAGCCCCCCCGUUCCGAUCAUCUGCUCUCGGCCUCCAGCACGGAUCUCCCACGUCGUCUUGCGUCGCCAAAUAGCCUCUGCCUCUGCCCUCGCCGUGUCCGUUUCCGGGCAAGCUUGGGACGCGGAUGGCGGCAGGAGGCUGGCCUUGUUGGUGGCACAACCUGGAAUUUUUAGAAGUCCCGAAAGCCUUGCACCUCCUGCACCUCGCUUCAAGGAUCAAGCUCGAGUCGACUGCAAUCUAGCUUCCGCUGGGAUGGAUCCUGUAGCCCGUCGUGCGGAGUGGGGAGGAUGCUUUGUAUAAGAUGGCGCGGGCUCCUCUGUGCGUCCAGAGACACUUGCUGUUCAUACCCCCGGGGAGCCUCGAGGUCGCAUACAUAUUCCCAUUCGUCACCCUUCUCUCCCCUCCCUUCUCUUCUUAAUCAUUCAUCGUGGCGUUCCUUUCUCGAGUGUAUCAGGUAGACAACAGACCGUUGCCAGCUUUAGAUUUGUGCCGAUUCGCGCUGUGUGAAACC